AUGGACGCGGAGGAACUAUUGCAGCUGAUAACAACAGCAAGGGACAAGGCUGGAACCGACAACCAUGAAGAAACAAUCGCCGCCUACACCAAUGCCAUCGCACAACUAUCCGCCGCCGUCCCUGGCCUGCGCGGCCGAGACAAGAUCAGCGCAAAGAAGUUGUGCGCGGAACUCGAGAUAGAAAGGGGAAUGAUCGCCGACAGCCGCAAUGAGUUUCUAGCCCUGUGCGACCUCGUCCGCGGCGCGAAUGAAGGGCCCAGGGACCCAGGUGUCUGGUCGCCACCACCAACUGCGCUGGCCAAGAAGAACAAACCUAGAGCUGCCGCUGCUCCGGCUAAUGCGGUUUUGAAUGCUUCAACGUUGGACAAGACGAUCAUUCCGCCCAAGCCAGAUGCCCCCGAAGACGAGCUGACCAAGUUCAUCGAAGAUACCAUCGAGACCGCUCCAGCGAGACAGUCAAUAGACGAUAUUCAAGGCUGUGAUGAAGUGAAGAAGGCGUUGAAGAUGAAGUUCGUCCUUGCACCAAUGCACCCCGAAUUUUUCAAGGCGACAGAGCGAGAACCGUCGGUGGUCUUCAUCGACGAAGUUGAUUCAAUCGGGACUGUGCGUGGCUCAAGUCAAGAGCACGAGGCCAGCCGUCGUCUAAAAUGCGCGCUUCUCCGCAGCUUUGACGAGAUCACUCAGGGCGGCUUCGAUGUUUACGUUAUCGGAUGUACAAACACUCCAUGGGAUCUCGAUACCGCGCUGCUCAGGCGAUUUGAGAGCAAGUAUUACGUCGCGUUGCCGACAAUCGAAAUCAUCCAAAAGAUGAUCACCAAAGCUCUCGCAGAGGUGCCACUCGACAAAGAUCUUUCUUUGGAAGAGCUGGCUGGCUGUCUCUAUGGCCGCUCGGGAGCCGAGAUCUACACUUGCUGCCGCGCUGCCGUCAACCUCGCCUUUGCCUCCAUUUCGCCCGAAGAUUUCACGGACCUAUCAGCCUCGAUCUUGAACAAACCGAUCGGCUGGGACGAGUUCCGCACCGCCAUGCGUUCGAACCCUCCAUCUGCGACAGAAGCCAUCCUGAAGCGAUACCAAGAAUGGCAGAAUCCUACC